AUGGAUGUACUUUAUCUUUUAUUGGAUAUUAAUAAUAGACGACUUAAUAAUCUUGCACAAGAAAAUAUUUUCACCAACAUUCUGAACUUUGUCUCAAUUGAUAAUAUUUCUGUAAUCGAUCGAUUCUGCAAUGAUAUAUUACCAAGAAUUCAUCAUAAUGUGAAAUGUUUUAUUUUUGAUCCAAUUUUUAUGGAACGUAUUCUUCUUGCCAAUGACUAUCCGAAUUUAACUAAACUUACAAUUUCUCAUUUCCAACAAGAAAUCGCUUCAAAUUAUUUUACAAAAAGUCGAAAUAGAAUCAUCAAUGAUACUUAUGUUCAACAUGAUAUUUUGGAUUAUAUGCCACAACUUCAUUCAUUCACUUUCUAUAUUUGUACUUAUGUCAAUCUGAAUGUUUUAUCCUACAAGUUAUCUAGUGAAGAUAUUCAACAAACAUUAAUAAAUAAUGGACAACAACAUGUCAGGAGUAUGGCCAGUUAUGUUACUAAUAUUGUCAAUUUGCCUCUUGGUAUCAGAACUGCAUGCUCAAUUUUCUCACUUCCUUUUAAAUUUGAUUAUCUCCAAGAUAUUGGCAAUCACUUUCCAAAUAUUGUAUUCAAUUAUGUUACCUAUUUAGGUAUACAAGAUAUUACUCCAUUCGAAUAUGAAUUCUUCAUGCGAAUUGCCCGAUCGUUCCCGUUACUGAAGUAUUUAAGUAUUCGGAAUGGAGAAUCACAAAAAUUGGAUGGUGUUAUGACAUUUUCAUCUGACAAAUGUCAAUUACAUUCAAUUAUUGAAUACCCUCACCUGGCUAUACUUGAUGCCAGAUUUGCACAUGAAGAUUAUGUUGAACAAUUUCUGAAUGAAGCAAAAACAUUCGUACCUUGUCUGACCGAAUUUAAAGUCUAUGUUGGUCAUAUAAACGCAGUAACAAAAGGUUUUACAAGAGAAGAAACACGACGUAAUUGUGCUAAGAUGAAAAAAAUAACUACGACAGGGGUAUCAGCAAUUGGUGAAACAUGUAUAAUUGUACCACGUUCAAUACGUCAACAAGCUUCAACGAUUACAGUUCCACCUGAACGAACUCCCAAGUUAUUUUGUACCAUGAUGUUCAUUUGA